GCGCGGGGUGCGCGGGGCCCGCUGGCGGAGCGGGGCCGUGGGCGGCAGCGAUGGCGCUGGCGAUGCCGCUGCUGGAGCCCGCCUGGCCGCCCGGCCUGGCCCCGCUCAAGGCCGUGGAUGACUUGCUGCGCUGCGGGAUUUGCUUCGACUACUUCAGCAUCGCCGUGAUCAUCCCGCAGUGCUCGCACAGCUAUUGUUCCCUUUGUAUCCGCAAGUCUUUGUCCUACAAAACCCAGUGUCCAACGUGCUGUGUGGCAGUCUCAGAAUCUGACCUGAAAAACAACCGGAUUUUAGAUGAUCUAGUGAAGAGCUUUAACUCUGCAAGGCAGCAGCUGUUGCAGUUGGUGUUGGAAGCCCCCCCGGUUCCGUCUCCCCCAGCCCACAGCCUCCAGAGCCCUGGUUCUCAGCCAGGGGCUGGGGAGGCGCCAGCCAUUGACAGCUCCUUGAGCAAGGACAAGGUCUGCACCUCCACGAGGGCAGGGGGCCUGCCAUGGACUGGUCACAAGAGUUUCAAAACCGAGGAACACCGUGACCUACACAGCACCUCUGCAGAGCUUGGUGGUAAAGACAGCAAAGUGAUUGCACAAGAGAUUCCUGGCUGCACCCAAAGCCAUGAAAAGCCUUCUACAUCUGUGCUCAAAGGAGACAAGAAAGUGGAAUGUCCUGUUUGUGAGGUUGCUAUUCUGGAGCAGUAUAUAAACAAACAUCUGGACAGCUGUUUGACCAGAGGGGAGAAGAAGGACAGCCUGCGAAGUUCUGACCAGAAAAGGAAGCUGAUGUCCAAAGUUGUUUAUAACCUGCUGUCGGACCGGGAUCUGAGGAAGAAGCUCAAGGAGCACGGUCUGUCCACCUCUGGGACCCGCCAGCAGCUCAUCAAGAGGCACCAGGAGUUUGUGCACAUGUACAACGCCCAGUGUGAUUCCCUGAACCCCAAAUCUGUUGCAGAGGUUGUUAAAGAGCUGGAAAAGAAUGAGAAGAUUCGGGUUCAGCUGGAGUGUAAUAAACCUGGUGAAAAUAGCUUGACCUUCACAAAGGACCAGACAGAGGAAGAAAUAGAUGAGAUCCACACUGAAUAUCGAAACAAACACAGAAGUGAAUUCAAGUUCUUGGUGGAUCAAGUAAAUAAACGGUGGAAGAAAAUGGGUGAGAGGAAAGCAGAAAGUGCUCAGAACAAAGAGGAAGUUGCUGUCAAAGAGCUGCCAGCAGCUGCAGUAGAACCUGGGGAAGAGGAUCCCACAGCUGGAAAAGCCCAAGCACUCCAAUCAGAAAUUCCUGAUGGCCAAAGAAAUGAAUCUCAUGGCUCGAAGCAAUGGCAGAGAUCAUCCUCUCCCGAGUUCUCCCUGUCCUCUGGCUCAACGUGCAGCACCAACUCGGACAUUCUGGCAGAUACGGAAGGGUCUGAGACGUGUUCGGCGUCCUCUGACAGCAGCUCCGUGGCCCUGGCGGGGAGCAGGAGGAAGCUGCGGCGGCCGCGCGCCCCCGAGGACGGCGGGGCGCUGCCCCAGGGCAAGAGGAAGAGGAGCUAGUGCUGCAGGCAUGGCCAGCUCAGCCUGGGAGCCCCUCCUGGCUCCUCCCGUCCUCUGCGUGUCUGGGUGCUCAGUAAAAUGCUGCAUUUCCACAUCGCUGCCAUUCCAGCUGCCUUCAUCGCCAGGCUGGGGGCGUGCCCGCAGCCCUGGGGCCUUUGGUGGUUGAGCUUGGGCACAGAGUCCAGAGCCUGCAGGAGCCUGACCUGGCUCCUGUGCCCGAGUUCUCCCUGGUGCAGCACCUGGGCUGGGUGCUGCCACUCUCCUGCUUGCACCCUGGGCCAGCCCCAUGUGCCCUCCUGGGAGCAGCUGCAGGACGGUGUUGGUUUGGGGCUGGGCAGGCACUGGUGCCCCAGUUCCUGGCACAGGGAAUGCCCUACACUAACAGGCUUUUUUAUAUAUGUCUUUGUAAACUUA